ACUGCCAGAGACCGAGGCAGGAAAUGUGUGUGUGCCUGUGUGUGUGAGAGACACAGAAAGAAUUUGUGUGUUAAGGGACGUGUUUGUCCUUGCAUGACUACCUUCCUCUCCACUCUCUGCCCAGACGCGUUGUGUGCCACCGCUAACCCACUCUUCAAGUAUGCUCCCCUUCCAGGCAGCGCCAGGUCAGUUUGGGCCCGAGGUACGGGAGCCGGGCCUCCGAGUGUGGAGGGUGGAGAAGAUGAAGGCGGUGCUGCUGGACCCCUCCGAGGUGGGAGCCUUUUAUAACGGGGACUCCUAUCUGGUGCUGGAGAACCGUGGUGAACAGGGAACUGAUCUCCACAUGUGGAUAGGUGAGAAGUCGUCUCGGGACGAGCAGGUGGCGUGCGCCAUGCUGGCCACCACGCUGGAUAACUUCCUGGGCGGUGAACCCAUUCAGCACAGGGAGGUCCAGGGCUACGAGUCCUCGGAAUUCAUGAAUCUCUUCCCUAGAGGGGUCAGCUACAAGGUGGGCGGAGUGGAGUCAGGCUUCAGGAGGCCUCAGGGCCCCGGGCCGGUGCAGAGGUUGUACCAAAUCAAAGGGAAACGCAACAUCCGUGCCAAGGAGGUGGAGCUGUCCUGGAGCAGCUUCAACAAAGGAGACUGCUUCAUCCUUGACCUUGGAGAGAUCAUCGUGUCGUGGAUUGGAUCAAAGGCAAACAUCUUUGAGAAGCAGAAGGUGCGUGAGAUCGCCUCUCUGAUCCGUGACACGGACAGACACGGCAAAGCCCGAAUUGUGGACUGCACUGAGGGGGAAGAACCAGAGGAGAUGCUCAAGGUCUUGGGAACGAUGCCUGAGCUAGCAGAGAGCACAGAAGAGGACACCAAAGCAGACGCUUCCAACUCUGCCUCCCUCUACAAGGUGUCUGAUGCGACAGGUUCCAUGACGAUGACCAAAGUGUCCGAGAAGAGCCCGUUUGCCAAGGAUCUGCUGGUUCGUGACGACUGCUUCAUUCUGGACAACGGCGCCAACGGAAAGAUCUUCAUCUGGAAAGGUAACGGAGCAAAUGCCGAUGAGAAGCGGGUGGCCCUACAGAUGGCGGAUAGCUUCAUCGAACAAAUGAAUUACCCCAGGAUGAAAACACAGGUGGAGAUACUGCCACAGGGGAAGGAGACCAUCAUCUUCAAGCAGUUCUUCAAGAACUGGAACUGAAACAUUUCAAGGGAACAUCUGACAAACCCUGCACAUGACAAGAAGCUGUAAAUCUGAGACAGCGUCUGUUACAAAAUACAUUUUUUAUAUGCAUCAACUUGUAUGUACAUAUUUGUAAGGUACCACGCUGACAGAGCACACUGUUUGGACUUGAUAGACUAAGAGAUGUGAUGCCACUUUUAUAAAUGCACACAAGUUUCUUCUGUUGAGAUUAUAAAGACUAUAAAGUUAAAGAGUUUGGAUUGGGUUUUUUUUACAUUUGUUCUAGUGUCACAGAUUUGCCUGCAUUUGAAGAAUAAAUCUGAAACUGCCUGCUAC